CAGUCUGGCCGUGCGGUGCGCGACACACAGACGCCCGCGACCCAUCACCGCUGUCGUCGUCGUCGUCUCGCCGACGAGACACCGCCGCGCGCGCCGAAACGCCGAUUGAUACUAAACACCUGCCGUUUAUGGCGAUCUAUAUGAUAUACUGAUAAUAUUGCAAUCGAUCAGGCGUGUUCCUAUAAAAUAAUAUACUACGUCAACGUGUGUGUAUGUAUAAAUAUAUAAUAUUUAUCAAUAAAAUAAUACCGGAAUCGAACACGUUUCUAUCCAUCCCCUGUACCGAUUUACGUUCUAAUCGCUGGGCAUUUUUCACCAUCGCGUUUACUCGCCGUCGUCGUCGUGCCGUGUAGGGUGUACGCGCGCGUGACAUGUCCGACAAUCUGGGUGCCGCCAACACCGCCGCCACUGCCGACGAACCGGUCUGUGCCGAAGCCACGCCGCAGGCGCCAGUGCCGGUACCGCACCAGCAGCAGCUCGACGAGGGUUCCCGAUCGUCACCGGCCAGACAGCACCAGAACGGUGGUUCGCCCGCCACCAUGGCCACGGUCGUCCCGUCGCCGGACACGCCGCGGAAGAGAGGUGAUGUUAAAGAUGAAACGUACUCGUCCGAAAAUAACAGAAACUCUGGAUAUGAAACGAAUUUAUACCUCUAUUCUGAUGAAAUGGAUGACCGGCCGCGGGUGCCCACAUUCCUCAACUCGAUCGCCGAUUACUCGAACACCAUCCCGAAUUUGGCGGAGUCAGACACCAAGUCGACCACUGCCAAACAGGGAUCGUCCAGGAUGGGUACGCUGGUCGGCGUCUACCUGCCUUGCGUGCAGAACAUCUUCGGAGUCAUUUUGUUCAUUCGACUGUCGUGGGUGGUUGGCACGGCGGGAGUCAUCUACGGGUUCGGAAUCGUGUUCACCUGUUGCUGCGUGACAAUGUUGACUGCUAUUUCGAUGAGUGCCAUAGCCACGAACGGAGUUGUGCCUGCUGGUGGACCGUACUUCUUGAUAUCCAGGUCAUUGGGUCCCGAGUGUGGAGGAGCUGUCGGAAUGCUCUUCUACACCGGUAUCACACUAGCCGCAUCCAUGUACAUCAUUGGGGCCGUUGAAAUCAUACUUACGUACAUGGCGCCAAGCUUAUCGAUUUUCGGCGACUUCUCCAAAGACAGCAGCAUAAUGUACAACAAUUUCCGCGUGUACGGGACAAUAUUGCUGAUGGUCAUGAGCUCGAUCGUGUACGUUGGCGUGAAGUUCGUCAACAAAUUCGCGUCCGUGGCCCUGGCCUGUGUGCUGCUGUCCAUAUUGUCUGUAUACGUAGGCAUUUUUUAUAACUUCCAUGGCAGCGACAAACUCUACAUGUGUUCGCUGGGAAAUCGGCUGCUGAAGGACAUGGACUUGAAACACUGCAACAAGGCGAUAGGCGGUUACUUGUACAACAUGUACUGCGCCAAUGGAACAGGAGCGUGCGACGAAUACUUCAGCAAGCAUAAUACAUCGAUUGUGAAAGGCAUUCGGGGCAUCAGCAGCGGUGUUUUCUUUGAAAAUAUCUUUGGUAACUUUUUGGAAAAAGGACAGUACAUAGCUAGAGGUCAUCUCCAAGAAGAUAUCCUGGCAUCGAGUAAGAAUACGUAUAAUAUGGUAAUGGUAGAUAUCACUACAACAUUCACCAUACUUAUUGGCAUAUUCUUUCCGUCCGUAACCGGAAUCAUGGCCGGCUCUAACAGAUCCGGAGAUCUAGCAGAUGCACAAAAAUCAAUUCCUAUUGGUACAAUAUUAGCUAUUCUGAGUACAUCAUCGGUUUACCUGUCUGCCGUCUUACUAUUCGGAGCUACGGUUGAUAAUUUACUACUAAGAGACAAGUUUGGUCAGAGUAUUGGAGGACGUCUGGUUGUGGCCAACAUAGCAUGGCCAAACGAAUGGGUUAUUUUGGUCGGCGCGACAUUAUCGACAUUGGGAGCCGGACUUCAGAGUCUCACCGGGGCGCCGAGGCUGUUGCAGGCCAUUGCCAAGGACGAUAUCAUACCGUUUCUUCGACCGUUUGCCAAAUCUUCGGCAUCCGGCGAACCAACCAGGGCUCUGCUGAUAACCGUAGCCGUGUGUCAGUGCGGCAUACUGAUCGGAAAUAUUGACAAUCUCGCUCCACUCUUGGCCAUGUUCCUGUUGAUGUGUUACGCUUUCGUCAACUUGGCGUGCGUCUUGCAGACGUUGUUGCGCACACCCAACUGGAGACCUAGGUUUAAGUACUAUCACUGGACAUUAUCGUUCACCGGACUCGUGUUGUGCAUUGCUGUCAUGUUCAUGUCAAGUUGGUAUUUCGCGCUGUUAGCUCUGGGUAUGGCGGGAAUAAUUUACAAAUACAUCGAGUAUCGAGGAGCGGAAAAGGAAUGGGGUGACGGUAUGCGUGGUUUAGCUUUGUCGGCUGCAAGAUACAGUUUGCUUCGACUGGAGGAUGCGCCACCGCACACCAAGAACUGGCGUCCACAGAUUCUCAUGUUGGUCAACUUCAACGCGGACCUACCAAAAUACCGUAAGAUAUUCUCACUGGUCUCCCAACUUAAGGCGGGCAAAGGACUUACAGUGAGCGCAACCGUAAUCGAGGGUGAUUUCAUCAAGAAAACCGGUCAUGACGUGCAAUCUACCAAAAAAGAACUAGUAAGGUUGAUGGAUGAAGAAAAGGUCAAAGGAUUUGCUGAUGUUUUAGUCUCGAAUAACACAUCAGAGGGACUCAGUCAUUUGAUACAAAUCGCUGGACUUGGAGGAUUAAAACCCAACACCGUGAUUCUAGGCUGGCCAAACAGCUGGCAACAAUCUGAGAACGACCGAUCGUGGCAAGUUUUCCUACACACCAUUCGUAUCGUAACAGCUGCUAAGAUGGCUCUAAUUGUACCUAAAGGCAUAAGAUCAUUCCCAGACUCUGCGACAAAGCUGUCGGGCACAAUCGAUAUUUGGUGGAUCGUACACGACGGAGGCAUUCUGAUGCUCAUACCUUUCUUGUUGAAACAACACAGGACCUGGAAAAACUGCAAAUUGAGAAUAUUCACAGUGGCACAGACCGACGACAACUCCAUCCAGAUGAAAAAAGAUCUAAAGACGUUCUUAUACCAACUCAGAAUACCAGCAGAAGUUGAAGUGGUUGAAAUGACAAAUAAUGAUAUAUCAGCUUAUACAUAUGAAAGAACACUCAUGAUGGAACAACGGAAUCAAAUGUUAAGGGAGCUCAGACUUAAUAAGAAAGAAAGCUUUGGAAUGGUACAAUCCAUUAUAGACCAGCACCACAGAAAAGACGCGUCGGAAGGGAGAUCUGCUACUAAAGUGCGUUUCCAGGAAGAAACCAGCAUGGACGACGAAGCGAAAAAAUCAAAACCUGCCGAAAAUGCAUUCGAUGUCGACGAGAAACGAGCAACUGGUAAUGGCGAGAAACCGGGAGUGUUAAAGGACUCGCUGCCAAAGGAGACAACAGAUUCGUCUACAUCGACAAUGCGACCAGACGAAGAUAAUGUGAGGAGAAUGCACACAGCUGUUAAACUGAACGAAGUCAUUGUCAGUAGAUCGAGAGACGCUCAAUUGGUUAUAUUCAACUUACCAGGACCGCCUAAAGACACCAAAUUAGAGAGAGAAUCAAACUACAUGGAAUUCUUAGAAGUGAUGACCGAAGGCCUCGACAAAGUGUUGAUGGUGAGGGGCGGUGGUCGCGAAGUGAUCACAAUUUAUUCAUAAGUAACCUGAAGCUCACGUCUCGUCCGUCAGGUACGAAUUUUUAUACUUGUUUACACUAAUUUUAUGUUGGCCGGCAACUUUCUCAACACGCCAGGCGUCUAUCGAAUGGUUUUGUUUUUUAUUUCAAAUAUUUUGUUUGUUUUUUAGUAUUAUUACGUUAAACAAAUUGUUGCACAUAAUAUAAAAUUGUUCAUUGUAUUUGAUAAAAAUCAUUAUCACUGUUUUCUAAAAUUAUGGUUAUUGUUAUAAUUUACUCGUAUGCCCUCAUAUAGGCACUUAAGCUUAAAAUUAUAUAAUAUAUAUAUAAAUAUAUUAUUAUUAUUAUUACAUGUAUUUACAUAGGUUUAUAUUUAAUGUGACCUUUAAAAAACAAUGCGACACCAACAACGUUUGUCGGACUUUUUUACAUUCAAUUUAUCAAAAUCGGCUUUAAUACUUAGUUUAAUUUAGGCAGACGAAUAAAAAAAGAAAAAAUGAAAAAAAAAAAAGCGUGUAGGAAUUUAUUCGGCCUAUUUGGUGAUUCGUCUUCUCGAUAGUAUUAACUUAAAUAAAUAGUGCGUUGGGCGUAGCAUUGUUUUACGAGGCUGUGUUUAUUUUUUUUUUUUGUUCGCUGUACAUAUUUAAGGCAAAUCGAUCAUUAUUUAGUAUAUUUACGAACAUAACAUUUUGUCAGCUGUUCAAAAUUUUAAAACCAUGAAAUCGCAUUAACACUUCAAUGUUGAGUUGCGAUCGCGUAUUUCUACUUAAAUUUUAAGGUCGAAACCCAACGGGGCCGUUCUACUUAAACAUGUCGACCCGAAAUAUCAUACAUGUCUAACACUACCAUAAUACCAUACUACCUACAUUAUUACGAUUAACAUUAUGAUAUGAUUAAAACAUAAUAAUUCACUGCCAAUUUCAACUGUAACACCUGUGAAUUGUGAAUGAAAAGAGACUAUCUGAAUACUUUUGUUUCUUCGAUAUUAUUAGACGUUGUCGUUUUUCAUGCGUAACAAGCAAUUAAUUACCAUCUUGUUAAAUACGCCAAACGAACACAUUGUAAUGGUUACCGUUAAGACCGACCAAACAAGCAAUAUUGUUGUUUGCCUUGUCGUCUGUGUCUUGUGUUAUUAGCCUAUUUGAAUAGAGUCGUUGCAUA